AUGCGCUUCCCCACCAUCUCCGUCCUCCCCUUCUUUCUGACCCUCACCUUCGCAAAGGCUGCGGUCACCGGCGACUUCGAGGCCGCCACCAUCUUCAAGGGCUGCGACUGCACCAUGUACAAGUAA